UUGAAAAUCACGACUGCUAUCGAUUGUUUAUUUUUGUUGUAUUAAAAAAUAUUUUUGCGAAUUGCCAAAAAAACUGAACUAUCCACUGGUUAAGUAGUCGAGAACAAUCAAAAUCACGAGACACAACCCCACUUAAAAGCCAGACGACGGAAGUUUCAUUGUGAAGCAGCCAGAAGUCGUGGAAAACACUGAGCGGCUUUUCGUGAGACGCCGACUUUGGCUAAGGAGGAAAAGCGGGGAAAGCAAAAAAAGCCGGACCAGGCCCCAUCGACCCACAGACAUGUCGCGCAGCGUGCGGGCGGAGACACGCAGCCGGGCGAAGGAUGACAUCAAGCGGGUUAUGCAGGCGGUGGACAAGGUGCGCCACUGGGAGAAGAAGUGGGUGACCAUCAGCGACACCACCAUGAAGAUCUACAAAUGGGUGCCCAUCGCCUCCGCCAGCGAGAAGAAGGCCAAGCUGGAGUCCUCACCGGGAUCGGCUGCUGUCCGGAGACCGCCCACCGGCUCGGGCGUCACGCCUGUCGGCGGCAGCAAGAGCGAUAAGGAGAAUUCUCAGAAGGGCACGCCCACGCCGCCGCAAAUCACGCCGAGCUACCAGGGACUUACCGCCGAAGACUCCAACACCUGUUUCUCCGUCGUGUCCGACAGCCAGGGCGCCGACUUUGUGUCGAGUAUGCCCUUCUCUGAGGACUCGAACUCGCAGGGCAGCGAUGGACCCGUGAAGCGAUUGAAGACGAGCGACUAGCCAGACAUUGGCAGGCACAGCGUCUACAGCAGCAGCAGCAACUAACUAAGAGCCCUAGUUAAGUUAGGUUAGCACCGACGGCACCGGACGACGAGAGAGUAUCUGCCUCAGCCCAAGACUUAAGCACUUCCCUUAAACUAGCAGUUUACGGCUGUCAAGGCCUUCCCGCCACAAGCCUCAUUUAUUCAUCAUCGAAGCGGGGUAGCAGAUGGUCGAUAGGUCAUAGGUCCAUACCAUAGCAUUAAGAUGAAUUGUAACAACUAAUUUAUUAGAAAGACAUGCGAAUCGAUUUGAGUACGAACGUAGAAUGGAAAUGUAAUUUUGUAAUAGCUGCUUAAGAUACAAAACAGCCAGUCUGAAUGUUGUAAACCGUGUAAAGUUUUUUGACUUUCGAUUUCUAGACGUUUCUAGACAACAACUAGUAUAUAAAUUAGCGGUACUAACAUAAGGCUACCCUUUUUUUGUGCACUAUAAAACUGGCUCGAAAACGAUUGAUGUAUUCGUUUAUAAGUUGAUUUUCCUGGUAAAUUUCGCUUGUAAACGCUUUUCUACGCAUUCAGUGAAUGCAACAGCCUUCAAAUCGAAGCGUUUAGAAGCGAACUUAUAGUUUGUUAGCGAAUUGAUCAAAGCAAGUAAAACCGAAAACGAAUAUGAACCCGCGAUAGAUGCACAAAGAUUAACCGAAAACGAAAAUCCGACCAGUAAACCUCUUUAUAGUACACUUACCAACAUAAAUGUGACAUUAACAUUUAACUGCCAGUAGGGCGCGAAAAAUAUUAUUUAUAUGUUCGCUGAAGUUUCACUUGGUGUCUUUUUUUUACAUUUUUUUUAUGAUUUUUCUUUAUUGAAUGUUUUAGUUUUCUUCAUCUUACAAUUUUCCCCCCGUAUGUAUAAUAAUAAAAAAAAGUUUUAUUCUUUCAACAAAUAGUUUUUUUUUUCAUUCCAUUCGUAGUUUUACUCUUAUUAUGUUCUGGUUUUCUUUUUCGUUAUCCAUUAUGUAGCUUGACAUUAAAUAUACAAUUAACUUCACAUAUAGCGUUGUAUAUGGCCCGAUUGGCGUAUACAGCUUUAGUUUCUCUCAUCUUUCACUAAAAUUUAUGCUAAAAACACGCUUAAAUGAAGGGAAGCACAGAUUUUGCACAGAGAACGAAAAUGAAAAAAAAUGCACACACAUUUCGACUUUCGAAGAGAAAGAUAAAUCGUAAAUCAUAAUACAAUUCAUAAAUCGAUGAUAUAAUUAAAAAA